AUGACAGAGGAAAGCAGGGGGAAGCGCAGGAAACAAGCCAACCCGAGGAGGAAUCAAGUGGAAGUUGAGCAAGUGAGUUCCCUGGCAUCGGAGGAGGAGGAUGAGGUGGGUUUGUGGAGCCUGGAGCCCCCGGACUGCCAGGAGAGCCUGGAUAAGACGAGCUUGACCCCUAGCGAGGGCACGGAGGAGCCCGGCAGCCCGGCUCACCCCGCGCGGGCCACGCCGCCGCACAGCCUCAGUCCUGGCAGCAGGAACUGCUGGGCCCAGCUGGAGUCGGAGGCCAAGGCCGAGGACAACGCCACCUACACGUGCACCGACAGGGAGGGAGACCAGGAACCUCUGAGGAUGUACUGUAAGAGCUCAGACUCCCAGGAUGCAUUGGAGGAUCUACCCCACUUCGAAUUCUUGGCCCACUUGAAGAAAGCGUCUACCUCGGGACAUCUUCUGGACCGGCUGAACUUUAACGGCACGACGGCCGUGUAUUAUCCGAGCAGCGGGCACGAUGAGCUGCCUCCUGCCAUCUGGUCGCCAGGAGCGCAACACUGUUCACCUGAGGGGGCAGAUGCAGGCAGGAGCCAGCAGGCCUGUCCGUUCUGCCACAGGCUGUAUCAGCGAGGAGCCUCUUUGAGGGACCAUGUUAAAUACUGUCAGGAGUGGGAGGGGGGUCACAUGGUCUGUCCACUCUGUGGAUACACGGCUACCCUUAGAUCCCAGAUGGAGCGACACCUAACACUCCACAACCAAAUACAGGACAAGAGUUCUAUCUCUUUGGACCAAGGAAUGGAAACCAGGAAGUUCAAAUGUCUGGAGUGUGGGAAAGCAUUCAAGUACAAACACCACCUCAAAGAGCAUCUCCGCAUCCACAGCGGCGAGAAGCCUUACGAGUGCUCCAACUGCAAGAAACGUUUCUCUCACUCCGGGUCCUACAGCUCCCAUUUAAGCAGCAAAAAGUGCCUUAGUGGUGGAGGUCAUGUCGGGGGAAACGCCGGCGUGGCCAACAGAGCGUUUAAUGGACAUAGUCAAAGCUCCUACCACCACCCGUUUUCAACAUCUCCCUCUGCUGGCAGGGGUAGAUCCAGUAAUGACAAGGGCUCUGCUGCGUUGGCUUUGCAGAACCAGGACAAUAACACCAGUCCUUUGGGGCGAAUACCCCUAGAGCCUCAGCAGAUGUUGCUGCACAGCCUCAAGCAGAACACCCCGAGCUUCGCCAACGAGGCGGACCUGGUCAGACUGUGGGAUCCGUUGCCGGAUCUCCCCUUGAGGGCCGGUGUGGUAAAAGGGACGUCCUUGCUGCCGUAUCUCCACUCCGGGGCCAAGUUUGGGCAAAUGCUGCAGGACAUGCUUCACAGAGAUGUAAAAACAGAUGAAGCUAUGGAUAAAGAAGAUGUGGAAGAAAGGAGAGUGGUCCACAACGGGGGGAGGCCUGAGAAGAAGGUGUCGCCUCACAGGAGGAGAUCAGGUGAAGGCGAGAGAGGCGUGGUCGGAGUGACGUGUCGCUGGUGCAUGCAGCGUUUCCCCAACGUUGCGGUCCUCCUGCAGCACGAGCGCUACCUCUGCAAGAUCAACAGAGAAGCGGUGGAAGUGCCUGAAGGCUUUCACCAGAAAGGACACUCCUCACCACCUCUAUUCUUCCCCAGAUCUCUUCUCCAGCCAGACAACAGUAAAUCAGGCAUUGAGGUCAGCAAUGGCGUCUGCGGAAACAAGUCGCCACUGCAGAAGCCCGGCUGGCAUUCUGCCCCGCAACAGCUUUUGGUUGCGAUGCAUUCUCUUCCACCCCGCCACGAUGCCUUAUCCUCGCAUAUGUACUGGUCGAGCCAAGAAAAGGGAAGCCCAAGUCCGCUGAUACACCACUCCCCGGAACUAUCAUCACCUCGUGGCAGAAGAAGAGUUCACUCUUCGGGAUUUAGUUCGCCGGCCGGCCUUGACCUCACCAGCUGCCCCCCUGAGAUCUCCUCGCCCCAGAGAGAACCGGACAGCCCCUGGUUUGUACAGAAUGAACCGCUGGACCUCUCCCUGCCUAAACACCUCUCAGAUCAAAGUGGGAGGAAAAGAACUCCAAAUGGCAUCUCAGGCAAAGGAGAGAGGAGAGAGCUGGGGUCCCAUCAGCUUGGCCGACCAAGCCCGCCUUCACACCUGCCCCUGCACCAGUACCCGGUCUUCACCGGGGCCGGGCCUCCGGUGUUUCCCAGCUCUUUAUACAACGGUUUUCCAAUCUUCAGCCAACCUGGCGUCGGGCUUUCAAUGCACGAUGGCUCGACAUCAGCUCCAUUCAGCCAGACGGCCAACAGCACUGGGUUUCUCUCUCCUAUGCCUUACAUGAUGGACGCAGAUAUAGAGACUGCAUGGAAGAAGAUCUACCAAGAGAAGCAAGUUUUAAUGGGGGAUCCGUUAAACCGAGCCGCUGUGGACUACCUCUCUCUAAUCGAUGACGGCUUUGAGGGAGAAGGAGCACCGGGAAGGAAGAGGCUGAAGAAAACGGACGAGGGACUUUACGCCUGUGACAUUUGUGAAAAAACCUUCCAGAAGAGCAGUUCGCUGCUCCGACACAAAUACGAGCACACGGGCAAGCGUCCUCAUGAGUGCAAGAUCUGCAACAAGGCCUUCAAGCAUAAGCACCACCUGAUUGAACACAGCCGUCUGCACUCCGGGGAGAAACCCUACCAAUGUGACAAGUGCGGCAAGCGCUUCUCCCACUCAGGCUCGUACUCGCAGCACAUGAACCACCGCUACGCGUACUGCAGCAAAGACCUGGAUCAAGACCAGGACCAGGAGGAGAUGCCCCUCACGCCGGGGGCAGGGAAUCACCUGGGGGGCAGCCUCACCGAAGACGCCCCUCUCUCUGUGGACGACACCCAGACUGCCCACUCCUUUCUUAGCGACUCCAGUCUGGACGGAGCUCUGGACGCGCUCAAGGAAGAGGAGGAGGAAGAGGAUGAGGAGGAAGAAGAGGGAGAUGAAGUUUGUGAGGGGCAUGUGAGUUUGUCAGAGGUAGCAGAUAAGCUGAGAGGUAACGCUACGAAGGACUCACCUACGGUGGAGAAUGCAGAGCAGAACCAGACAAACAGCUUUAACAUGGACAAACAUAUUGAUGACGAAGAGAACAACAGAGAUAGCGAGGACCAGAAUGAAGACUUGAACACAUUUGAAAUGAACCUAGAAAUAAAAGAGUUACCAAGAAUAAAAACUUAAGGUGAUUUUUAACUAGCUGUUACCUUGCAAAAAUGUAAAUAUUAAGAUUUUUUUUUUUUUUUUACAUAUAUAAUAGCUCUGCUGGGUAUCUUUCUUGUUUUACAGCAAGAAGAAAUGCACAGACCAACCAAAGGAUACAUGGCCUUAAACUAAAUAUAACGAUACAAAAAAAUAUUUGUGGCAAUACAGAUUUCAGUAUUUUAUCAUGUCAAAUACACUUGACUUACCUUCAGUGUUGUUUGUUUUGAAUGUUUUUUAUUCCACUCAU